AGUAGAAGAACGAAAAGGCACUUAAGAGCGUGCAGGAACAGGUUGGAUAAGGUUAAGCAACUGAUAUACAGCUAGUACUCUCGUGUCAAGAGUACAUUUUCGCCAACUUUAACAAUGCAGGAUCACAUUACUAUCAGAAACACUGCGGACAUUCCGUCCGUAGUACUGUCUUCAAAGGUGUUCCUGUGCCCGUUCUGUGAUCCACGACUGUUUUCUUCACGAUCCUCUAUUCGAACAUAUGAACAUUUGCGCGAGCACCGAAAAACUGCAGUUUCCUUUGGAGACAAGCUCAUUUAUCGUUGUAACCUGGGAUGCAAAGACAGAAAGCACUACCAUUGCUUUAACUGUAGUGUCACAGUACUCCAAAAAACUGGAUUUCUUGCACAUUUACGAAGAUGUGUUUCAAGGAAAGGACUGCCCUCUUCCACUUCUUCAGUGUCCUCUUCAAUUCAGCAAGUAAAAACCUUUGUCUGGACUGUGCGGGAUUCAAUGGUAGUUGAAACAGAGCAGGAUUCAGUGGUAGUAAAAACAGAGCAGGAUUCAGUGGUAGUAAAAACAGAGCAAACUCCAAAACCUGUGUCACUCCCACAUGAGUCAUGGAUUUCCACAGUUCAGCAAGUACCACAACAUGUAUCAUGGUUGCAGGAACUACCACUUGAUUUAACCAUGAAAAAAAUAAUGACUUCCUCACCUGUACAAAAAUUAACAACAAGCCAGCAAAUGUUUACCUCUUCCCUGGAAGAGUCAUUGCUUGCUGUAAGUCAGCCUCCUACCUCAUCACCGCAGGAUUCAAUGCUCACUGUAACCCCAAUUUAAUUCCUUCUCAACUGGUGUAUUUUUGACCAGACAGGUUCAUCUGAAGAAAAAAAAAAGCUAUAGUGCAAUGUUCAAACUCUUAUUACAAAUCUUAUUUGCCACCUUUAUGUAAGUCUUAUGUCUGUUGCAAAAGAUAUAAUUCCUUUGACACUCUGAUCUUGAGGAAUAUACAGUGAACUACGAAAUAGCAGUUACAAAAAUGGGCUUGUGGUAUUUAAGUGGGUCCACAUGUGUUUAUUGGAUAUUACGCAAAUCUUAGCAGAAAGCCAUUGUCUUAGGUUGGGGUUGAAUUCUGUUUUAUGUCUUUGUUUCUGUUUUUAUUGCUUGAAUUUUG